AUGUGGAUGUUUUUAACAAUUGCACCGAGAGAUCUUGCUGAACAAAAGAUUGAAAAUGAACAUCUAAUUGAAGAAUGGCAAGACUGGAUACUUGGUAAUGUCAUGAGUAUUAAUUAUUUGAAUAGUUUAAUGGUAUAUGCUUCAAAACAAGAUUUUGCUUUUACUAUACCGGAUGGUUAUUUAAUUCGAUAUAUACAAAAUAAAACAUCUUUUCAUGCAACAGUUUCUCAAUUAGCUACAGAGACACAUCAUGCGUUGAGUGGUGCACGUGAAGAUUUGAAUCGAGUACAUACCGGUUUGAAAUGGGUUCCUACACAAUUAAAAAAAAUGGUUUUAUUGAUGAAACGAGAAUCAUUUGAUUCACUGUUAAUGCUCUUUCCUGAUUCAUUUAAUGAAAUAGAAAAAGUAGCAAACGAAAGUCUAGCUGUACUUCGAAAACCAAAAAAAUCUUUUGAACAAGUAUUAGAACUUAUUACGGAAAUUGAUUAUCUAUUAACCACGACACAAACAGAUCAAAUAAUUUCUUUACAAGUAUCUGAUGUUAAAACUCAAUGGACAUAUUUAACUCAAAUGAUUAGAGAAUUAUCCGAACUAGCGGAAGUAACACGUAAUAAUUUUCUAUUCAAAUUCAACUUUAUUUUAGAACGAAUUCUUCAACCUGAUGUUGGAUUUACUGUUGCUUGUCGUGAUGUCAUUAUUUCAAUACUUUUACCAACAAUAAUUGAAAUUGAUCAAACAUCUGAUAUUCUUGAAACUAUCACAGAAGUUUAUAAUGAAAUAUCGUCGCGUUAUACGGAUGAAGAGUCAGGUGGUUAUGGACAUUUAAUUGAAUUAAAAAAAGAAGAAGAUCGUAAACGAUAUUUAAAUCAAUUCCGAUAUGAUUUACUGAAACAAGUUAUUGAAAUAGCACGACUUGCGUUACAACGACAUACAGAAUAUAUUCGACGUGAUAAUAAUCGAAAAGCAAAUUAUACAAAACUUUUAGCUGAAACUUCACCAGCUAAUUUAACAAAUCUAAUUAGUUGA